AUGCUAAAUCUAAGCAAGUAUGAGCAGAAGAUCCUAAAAAAAGAAGUGCAUGAUGAAGCCAUCCAGCAAAAUUUGAAGGACCUACCCAAGAAGGAAACUGACCCUAGAAUAGUAGUAUUGCAUGUCUCUAUAUGUAACAUGGAAAUUGGCAAUGUACUUGUUGAUUUAGGAGCAAGUGACAAUAUUAUGCCACUUUCUGUGGUAGCUAGAAUUGGGCAUCUGCAAGUAAAGCCAUAUGCAAGAGAUCUGGAAAUGGUAGAUAAAACAUGCAGGAAACUGGUGGGAGCAAUUAAAGAUGUACUGAUAUUGGUUGAUACCUACUCAUUUCAUGUAGACUUUGUGAUACGUGAUGUCAAGGAAGACCCAAAAAUUAAUGUCAUCUUGGGAAAACCUUUCAUGAAAACUAUGAGAAUGCUCGUGGAUAUGGACAAAGAAGAAUUCAAAGUCAGAUUAAACAUUAUGAGAUAA